ACUUUGUGACGGCGCAACAUUUCAAAUAAAACAAUUCAAAUAAAAAUUAGAAAGUGGAAAGAAACGAUAAAAAUGUGUCGCUGAGGUUUAAUUUAUUAAUUUAAUCAUAUACAAAAAUAUUUUUGGAAGUACAGGCAGUUUUUCUGUAUAAAUUAAGUAAAUAUGUCUAAAGUGAUAGAUCUGACGCAGCCCCGAUAUGACCAGAGUACGUACAUGGGCAGAGUUAAGCAUUUCUUUCAACUGACGAAUCCACUGAACGCGUUCGCGUCAACCAAAGAACUAGACGAGGCCAAAAGGAUUGUCGAAGGGUUUAAAAAAUCCCGUAAGCUACCACCGGGCUACGAUGAAGACAAGCUGUGGGCCACCAAGUACCUGUACGAUAGCGCGCACCAUCCCGACACCGGCGAGAGAAUGUUCGUGCUCGGUCGGAUGGCGGCACAGGCGCCCAUGAACACUAUCAUCACUGGCUGUAUGAUAACAUUCUAUAAAACAACAGCGGCCACUGUGUUCUGGCAAUGGGUGAAUCAAACCUUCAAUGCGGUGGUCAAUUACACCAACCGAUCUGGAGACGCACCUAUGUCAGCUUCACACCUUAUAGGAUCAUACUGCGCGGCAUGCAGUGGUGCCCUGGGCACUGCCUUAUACCUCAACAGCAAAGUUAAGGGCAUGAAUCCAAUCUACGCGCGCCUUGUGCCGUUCGCUGCGGUCUGCGGCGCCAACUUUAUCAACAUCCCAAUGAUGCGGAGUCUUGAGCUGAUCAACGGAACUCCAGUGUUCGCGCCGCCCGACGGCAAGCGCGUGGGAGAAUCUCAAGCCGCAGCUCGCUAUGGCAUCGCUCUGGUGUGCAUCUCCAGGGUUAUCAUGGCGUUGCCGGGAAUGACGAUCACGCCUAUAUUGACCAACAUAGCGACUCAGAGAGGCCUGUUCUGCCACCGACCCAAGGCCGUGAUACCGUUCCAGCUGUUCCUAGUGGGUCUGUGCGUCACCUUCGCGACUCCGCUGUGUUGUGCCAUCUUCGACCAGCGGGCCAGCUACCCUGUGAACAGCCUGGAACCGGGACCAAAGGAAUUUAUGAAGAAAAAUUAUCCGAAAGAAGAUUAUGUUGUGUUCAACAAGGGGUUAUAAGUUGCUAGUGCGAUACUUAGCGAAUAUAGGGUCUAUAAUAAAACACAGCCGUCAAUUAAACAUGCAAUUAGACCGAAUAAAAUGAUGGAAUUAAUUUGAGCUUUAAUCCGAACAUUCCAAAUGAAGAUAAUGCAUUUUGAUAAUUAUUUAAAUGGUUUAUCACAAAGUUUUUAUUCAGCAGAAAAGAGUACAGUACAACUAAUUUGGAUUUAAUUAAAUAUGUGAACAACAUGAAACAACCGCACAAGAAAUGUGUGAUAACUGAAGCCCUUUUGCCUUUAUUUUAUAUUUUACUUGUUGUUACUAUUGUAUUACGCCAUCCAUAUUUUAUACAAUAUUUUACGAUGCAUUUCUUAUCAUGAAAGUUUUAUGCAGCUAUUUAUUAGAUUUUUAUUUUUAAAUGAUUUUGUUUUUUAUAUAUUUUAACAUGUUUUAUAGUUUUAAUUUAUUUUGUAAAGGUCUUUACCGCUCAACAUUAUUGGUUGUGAGGACGACUUUAUGCAAUAGGUCUGAUCUGAUAAAUUGUGCAAUAAUUAUAUUUAAAAAUAAGUGUUAGCUAAAAUAAUAUGUUUUGAUUGAAGCUGUUUUACAAUAAGUUGCUAGCAAUAAAAUGCGUACAAAAAAACAUUUUUUUCUAACUAAAGUAAAAAUAUGAAAAAUGUAAAAAUAUUCGAUUCGAAAACAAAAUGUCAGUUUAUUUGGCAAGUUAAUAAAUUAUGGUUCACUAUUAAAUUGUUUAUAAUUUUUAGUUUUAGUCUUCAACAGAACUUCGUAAAUAUUGAAUAAACAAAUAAAUGAUGACAAUAAUAGGGCUGUCCCGCACUAGAGCUGAUUCCAGCUACAGAAGAAGAAAUAUUUGUUAAAUUAAUUGUUGACUAUUAAAAGAGUUUUAGGCUAGGGGAGGGUUAUUUAUCUCUUUAGCUUAUCAAAUUAAUGUUGGAAGGUUACUCGCGAAAUCGUCAUUUUGGUCAGCACUGGGGACAAACGUGUCUUUCGUAGCGCGUGAGUCUUCUGUACAUACCUAUGAUUUAUAAUAACGUCAUAUAAAUCGAUGAACGCCGUCUGUACGAAAAACUGUUCCCCCUGAGCCGAGCGUGCAAGCGAGAGCGCGGCACAAGCGAUAGAGAGGCGCGAUCAGCCUAAACCAUAGAUCAAAUAAGUUCCUUGAUCUAAACGUUCGGCUUGUGAGGGAUCUUUUUCGUUGAUUAUUAAAAGGAAUAGCAUUGGUCAGCGAGUGAAGUAAUAAUAGGUUAUGGUACAAUUUUGAUUAAAAAAUUAUUAUGACUCUUAUAAACGAUCGUAUAAAAGUUGUUUUCUUAUGACGUAAAAUUAUCGUCCACGAACCGACUUUACAGGCAACCAAUUUUUUUUAUAUUAACGUUUCCGCGGGUUAUAAAUGAACAAUAAAAUAAAGGUAUCUUUGUUUAUUUAUUUUAAACGUGGUUAAGUUUAUUUGUAAAGAUUGUGUUCUUUAAGAAUUAAUGUAACAUAAUUAAUAAAGAAAAUAUUUGAUCGGUACUGCUACCGAGUGAGUUUGAUUCGAAAAGAUGUGGGCUGCAGGCGAUCAUCGCAAUUCGAAGUAGAACCAUGCGAUAGACACGUAGCUGUGUGGUAUGAGUGGGGUGCGACCUUUAUGUUAUAGCGACAUUACCGUUGCAUCGUCGAGCAUACCGAAAUAAUGGUCUAAUGGAGUCCAAAUAAAAGGUUCUCUUUUACUGUUCUAUUCAUUAAUGAAGAGUUUAAAUAUUUAUAUAAUAUAAAAAGUAUACGUAUACGUAUUUCAUUUCUAUUUUUAUUUCGUCCAUUUCAAUUUUUUUUAUUACUAAACCCUUCUUACAUUUGAAAGUGAAUGUUGGAUAUUCAUAAUUCAUAUCGACGUCUGGCUUAUGUACAAUAUAUUGUAUGUGUUUUAAAUUAGUGUAACGGCUUGUUUCGAAGUAUUUCCACCUGACGAGUCGGUAAAAGAAUUAUUUAUAAAUCUAGUAAUAUAAUUGUUGUCGUUAGAGUGAUUGUUGUUUAUUAAAAAGUUGAUUGAAGUUUCUAUUUGAUGGGAAGUAACGGUGACAAUAAUCGUGUUGUGUUUUUGUUGCAAUGUUAAGAGUUGUGAGAAUCUGCAAUAAAAUGUUUAUAAUACA